GAAGCCUUCACCAUCUCUUCCCCUCCUCCUCUCCCAUCUCUCUCCAUCCACUUCGAUGCUGUACUUCCCCUCAGCGGGGACACAUCAUCACAUACCGUACGGUGCCAAAACCGCGAUUCCUCAUUCGCUCUUCGGAUGAAGAAGAGAAUCGAGUCACGCAUCAUGAGGGACACCACCCGUGUCCUGGUCGACAACCCCUGCAACCUAGACUAAGCGAAGCGAAACCACUGGGAAAAGCCCUUUUUCGCUGAGCGGUGGUCUUUAAAAGUUUUGUCGGACUACUGUAGACAUACCUCACCGCACGAGUACUCAUACAGGUACCGUACCCGAGUACUGUACCGGUACAGUCCUAUGUAUGAUAUGAUACGAGUGCUGCAAAAACCCGGCCCGGUCGUCCUUCAGGAACGAAUCGGGCAGCACCUGGCGCGCAUCUUGUACCAAUUCUUGGCGAAGGGGCUGAGCCGCUCCGUUGCUGAAGCGGAAUGUGAUGCGAGAGGGGAAUACGGUAGGAUGGAUGGAAUGAUUCGGUACUGGCUCGGUACGGGGUGAGAGCGGCGUGGUGCAGUGGUGUGUGGGUGCCAGGAAUAGCCGUAUCAUAAUUGCCCUUACUAGAAGGCGGGGUCGGGAGGGGGCUAAUAUGCAAGGGCGAAAAAUUAAACGGUUGGGUAACGGUUCGGUGGAAUGCCGUGUUUCGCCCGUGAUUUGUUGAAAUUUCACCGGCCAACAACGAAUCCUCCCCGCACCUCAUCACUUUCCACUUGGCUUACCGCGCCCCUCCGUCCCCUGCAUCGUGAGCUGCUGAUUUGCUCACUUACGGGACCUAUCAUAUCACUUGUGGAGCUGAACUAGCGUGGGGCGAACGAACGAACGGGGCAACGGACGAGAGAUACGAUGGCUCAGCAAGAACAAAAACCACACGUAUUGAUACUCGGCGCUGGCAUCGUCGGAGUCACCUUGGCACAAGCCCUGAAGAAGGUGCCCCCCCCACUCCCUCCCACCCUUCUACCCGACCGCAGCCAACGGAUAAGCUGACGCGCCCUUCUUUUUUGUAUUGGACAAGAACGAUAUCCCAUUCACUAUCUUCGAGCGCGAUUCCGGCCCCGACGCUCGGGGCCAGGGCUGGGCCAUAACAAUCCACUGGGCUCUAGCCAGUCUCGAAGCCUGUCUGCCGGACCACCUCCGGGAGCGGUUGACGGAUUUGCAGGUCGACCCCGAAAUGGGCAGGGUGGACCGUGGCAAUUUUCUCUUUCUGAACGCUGAGACGGGUGAGAUCCAGCAUCGGAUACCUCCGAACAGACGGUUGAGGUUGAAGAGGGAUAAUUUUAGGAAGUUGUUAAUGGAGGAUUUGGCGGUGCAGGUGGUCACCUAGCUGUCCAUGUUUGCUUUUUGUUCUUACACGUAUGGGGCUAGGUUGUGGCUGAUUAUGAUGGUGGGUGGCAAUAGUGGAAUAAAAAACUGGUAAACAUAGAACGAAACGAAGGUGGGGUUACGGCCUAUUUUGAAGACGGAGCGAGCGCCUCAGGAGCUCUGCUUGUUGGCGUUGAAGGGAGUAAAUCGCGGACCCGCCAGACACUCUGUCCGAACACUUAUCAGUUGAUCCCCCUGCCCGUUCGUCUGACUGGGUGCUCUGUGCGUCUUACGUCUUCCCAGGCAGCGCCAUUGAGAGCUUUGGACCCCCUGCUGUUCCAGGGCUUGCAUCCUGAGACAGGAGAUUUUUUCUGGUUCUCCAGUUCGCUCCCACCCUUCUGCCUUGUAAAAUAGGGCUGACGUACACCGCUAGUACUCGAUACUCCAGCGACAAACGCUGACGGAGGUGACUAUUACACUGCACAGUUACUCAUGUCCUGGCGUCUUAUCGACCCUGUAAAAGACGAGGUAGCACCGGACAACACCGAACGUCUGGAGAACAUGAAACGCCGCGCGAGUCGCUUUGCCGAACCCCUCCGAUCUGCCAUUCUCGAUAUCCCGCUGGACACCGAGGUGGUUGAGAUCAAAUUGGGUGACUGGCCUUGCUUAGGCUGGGACAAUCUCGGGGGGAGGAUCACAUUAGCUGGGGAUGCAGCGCAUGCAAUGACUAUGUGUAUGAUUAUUUCCUCCUUUUGUCCCUUUUUUUCUUUGCCCCGCAUAGGAGUCCACUGAUGACUUGUGGGUAUACUUGACAGACCGCGGGGAAGCAGCAAACCACGGCCUUAUGGACGCGGCGAAUCUUGCUGAAGCUCUCAAAGCCGUCUGCGACGGUAGGGUAUCUUUGAGCGAGGCUGUGGAUGCUUACGAGACCGAAGUGAGGAAGCGGACUACGCCAGCGGUGCUUCUGAGUCGACAGGCUUGUUUGGAUGCGCACGAUUGGAGUAAGAUCAAAUCUGGGGAUGCAACGGUACUUGCUAGGAGGGCUGUUACAUUGAAGGAGGACUAGAACGGACUCUCCUAAUUCACGGGCACUUUGCUUGUAUGUACAUACGUGGAUGCACGCGUCCAACCCAUUAUACCCCAGAGAGCUUCUGUUAUCCAUACAUUGUCCAUAGUGUUUUGGAAGACCCGGUGUCUGGAAUGAAAAGCUCACACUACUUUUUUUUUUGGAAAGACUUGAUAUGCUUUUCUGGCUC